GUCCUUCAUCUAUCGUAUCCAACAAUGGUUAUCCAACAACCCUCGAAUCAAAUCAAGCUCACAAACGUCUCCAUCGUUCGGCUGAAGAAGGGAGGCAAACGCUUCGAGAUCGCAUGCUACAAGAACAAAGUCCAGGAAUGGCGGAGCGGUGUGGAGACCAACAUCGAUGACGUCCUCCAGAUCGCCAACGUCUUCGUAAACGUCUCAAAAGGCGAGCUCGCCAAGAGUAACGAGCUCCAGAAAGCGUUCAAGACCACCGAUACCAAUACUAUCGUCAAGGAGAUCCUGGAGAAAGGUGAAGUCCAAGUCGGCGAGAAAGAGCGCGAGCACGACCUCUCCUCCGUUCGGCGCGAGAUCGCCACGCUCGUCGCCGAGAAGUGCGUCGACCCCUCUACCCAGCGACCCUACCCCGUCGGGGUGAUCGACAAAGCGAUGACGGAGGCGGGGUUCAGCGUGAAGCAGGGCAAGAAUGCGAAGGCGCAGGUGUCGGAGUGCAUCAAGCUCCUUCAGACGCACUCGCAGCUGCCAAUCCAGCGCGCGCGGAUGAGGGUGAAAGUGAGCGUGCCGAAGGGAGAUGUAGAGAGGUUGCGGACGAAGGUGUUGGAGUGUGCGGAGAGCGUAGAGAAGGACGAGCAGGGAGGAGACGAGUGGGAGACGGUUCUGCUCAUCGACCCAGGUCAAUUCCGCAUCAUCAAUGAGCUCCUGCAAAAGGAGUGCAAAGGCCGCGGACGCUUGGAAACGCUCACAUUUGCUGCCACAGCGGGGAGUUGAGUUCCCCGUCUGCGGGAAGGUUUGGUAGAAGUCAGGCUCCAUGUGUAUCGCUAUUGUUGUAUUGAUCUCCCGCACCUUAACUAUCUACAUCAUUCUGCUCUUCCUUAGGUAUCGGAUCAUCC